AACACCUCGGCAAAACGGAUAGCGUUGCCGCUAAUCUGUCUACUGACAAACACAUCUUGCCCGGCCUUUCUUUGAAAGGAAUCUGGUUUAGAUAUAAAGAAUUCUUAGUGACCUUGGGUAAAUCAUUGUAGCCCUUCACGCUCGACCUUGAACAGCAUCGCCGCACUUUAUUUUCAAGAUGGCUACCGACUACAAAUUCGAGGGAUGGGUGGCGGACGACCCCUCUUCGGUGGACGGCAAGAUGGUCUGGCGAGAGUACGAGCCGAAAGUCUGGGAGGAGACGGACGUUGAUAUCAAAAUCACUCACUCGGGCAUUUGCGGCUCUGACAUUCACACUCUGCGGGCUGGCUGGGGUGCCACCAGAUUUCCUGCCGUCGUCGGCCAUGAAAUCGUGGGUGUAGCCGUCCGUGUCGGAUCUCAGGCAGAAGGCGGCAUCAAAGUUGGAGACAUCGUCGGCGUAGGCGCGCAAUCCGACUCGUGCCUUUCGCGCGACGGGCCCUGCGAUGCGUGCGAAGUCGGCGAGGAGAACUACUGCACUAAGCGCGUCAACACCUAUAACAGCCUGCAUCGCAACGGCAGUCAGACACAGGGCGGAUAUGCGCUGUACCAUCGCUGUCCGAGUUACUUCGUGAUCAAGAUUCCCAAGGGAAUUGCUCCCGAGCAAGCUGCUCCCAUGCUCUGUGGCGGUGUCACGGUUUUCUCACCCUUGAAGCGCUACAACGUCGGGCCCGGCAAGAGAGUCGGUGUCAUUGGCGUCGGUGGCCUCGGCCAUUGCGCAGUCUUGUUCGCGAAGGCUCUAGGCGCAGACAAGGUGGUGGCUAUUUCCAGAAAGUCUGAUAAGAAGCAAGAUGCUACGCAGCUUGGUGCAACCGAUUUCAUCGCCACAGCUGAAGAUGAGGACUGGGCCACGAAGAAUGCCCGCACCCUCGACGUGAUCAUUUCUACGGUCGCGUCUCCCAAGAUGCCUCUGGCCCAGUACCUUGGCCUUCUCUCACGUGGAGGUACAUUUGUUCAAGUUGGUGCUCCCGAGGAGCCGGUGCCACUGAGCGCUUUUGCCCUGAUCAGAACCCGAGUGCAUUUGACUGGAUCAGUCAUUGGCAGUCCUGGGGAAAUCCGAGAAAUGUUUGACCUUGUGGCCGCGAAGGGAGUCAAGGUCUGGGUUGAGACACGCCCAAUGAAGGAGGCCAACCAGGCAGUUUUGGACAUGGUCGAUGGUAAACCCAGGUAUCGAUAUGUUCUGACAAACUAA